AUGGAGAUAUUCAUUAAAGUCAAAGUUGGAAGUAGCGAAACGGAGCAAAUAUUAGUAAAGUCUGGUCUGAGACAGGGCGACUCAAUGUCUCCGGUGUUAUUUAAUAUAGUGCUAGAGAAAGUUAUUAGAGCAAUGAACGUUAGACCCGACGAAGGAGUUAAACUACAGAACUCAUCAAUAGGCCUAUUAGCGUACGCAGACGAUUUAGUAUUAAUGGAAGAAUCACCAUGA